ACGAUGUUGAAGUUAAUUGUUCUUGCUUUCGCGUGCCAUGGUCUGAGUGAGGCUUCACGUAUCGGUUGGAAUUCUAAUGGUUUGUCUAACCGGAUUACUGAUGGAAAAGACGCAACUCCUGGACAAUUUCCUUAUCAAAUUUCUUUGGAAUGGUCCUUUUUUCCAUUGAUAGUUCCAUACAGGCAUUUCUGUGGUGGAUCUGUAUUGAAUGAGAGCUGGGUUUUAACGGCUGGGCAUUGCUUAACUGAAUUACCGAGUAUUGGAAAUAUCAGAGUCAACGCUGGAAAGUUCGGAAUUAAGGAUGAUGGAGACGAUCAACAGAAAAUUAAAAUUUCCAAAAAAAUAGUCCAUGAACAAUACAACGGUGGAGUAGCACCAUUUGACAUCGCUCUUCUGAAACUGCGAACUCCCCUGGUAUUUAACAAACGUGUGGGACCUGUAUCUUUACCAGAGCAAGAUGAAGAAUUCGAAGGAGAAGUAGUUCUUUCUGGAUGGGGAUCAACUUCUAAGGAUCUAACAACUGAAUUGCCAAAAGUGUUGCAAUAUGCUAAAGUCCCUCUUGUUGAUAAUGAUUCUUGCAAUCAAACGCUUCAAGAGGUUGAGUUGGGCGUAGAACUUUUUGAUACUCAAAUCUGCUCUGGGCCGUUGGGAGAUUCGGUAUCUGCUUGCUCUGGAGACUCUGGCGGGCCACUUGUAAAGGAAGUCGACGGAACUCCUGUCCAGGUUGGAAUUGUUUCCUGGGGUGUGCAACCAUGCGGAAAUGGUUCUCCAUCAGUUUACACUAGGGUUGCAUCAUUUGUUGACUGGAUCAACGAAAAAAUGGAAGAAAACUCUUUUUAUAGUAUAGUAAAGCACAGUACAGUUUUAUCGGACUAUAGAUCUGGAAUAGGUGCACUAGAAGGUCUACAUCACGAGGUGCAGCUGCUCUGGGGAAUUGAAAAUCUUAAGUAUGUGGGAACUAAAAUAAGAAGCGAUCCUUCCUGGUGGUUAUGGCAAAGCCUUCUGGAAAUUCGAGGGCGCGAGUUCUCAUGUUUCCAAGCUACGGUGUGUUCUCCGUAUCAAGUGCUAAAAGCGAUUAUCCACGUCUUAGAUCACAAGGGUUACCCUUAUGUAUGCAGGGCCCUUCUCGAUAAUGGUUCACAAGUUCAUUUCUUAACCGUAAGAAUGGCUUCAAAAUUAGGUCUCAGUUUAAACGAAAUCGAAAUCCCACGCGGUGGCGUAAAUCAAAUGAGUUCAAGCAUCAGCAAAAUAACACGUACCACGAUCCAAUCCCGUCUAAAUACCUUUUCCAAGGAUCUAACUUUUCUUAUUACUCCAGAAAUCAAUCCCUUUGCGCCAAGUGAGCCUAUAAAUCGAUCUGAACUCAAAAUUCCAACCAAUCUCCAUCUCGCAGAUCCAGAGUUUUAUAAGCCUGGAGAAAUCGAUGCCUUAAUUGGUGCGGAGAUUUUUCUGCAAUUGUUGUGCAACGGUCAAAUAACUUUAGCUGACAAAGACGCGAUUUUGCAAAAAACUAAAUUGGGCUGGAUAUUGGGCGGAAAAACAUCUCAAUUUAGAUUUCCAAACGCAGCUAGGUGCAAUCUGUCAUUGAAUCUUUUGAACCGUAAUAUUGAAAAAUUUUGGGAAUUAGAACACUGUCCUCAAGCAAGUCGAUUAUCAAAGGAAGAAAUCGCAUGCGAAGCGCAUUUUGAAAAACAUACCUUUCGCGAUAAAAUUACCGGGAAAUAUUGCGUCAAACUUCCAUUUAAGGAAAAUGAACCUGUUCUCGAUAAACUCCGACUGGGCUUUAAAUUACCACCUUUAUCCAAUCGUAUUGUUGGAGGUGAGGAGGCUGCCGAGGGUCAAUUUCCUCAUCAAGUAUCAUUGCAAUGGGGGUACCCACCCUUAAGUAAACUUAGACAUUUCUGCGGUGGAACCAUAAUCUCCGAAUCUUGGAUACUCACCGCUGGCCAUUGUAUUCUGGCCAUUCCAUCAUAUGGUACUUUUGUGGUAAAAGGUGGAAAGCACACCAUCAGUGAAACUGAAGAGACUGAACAGGCUAUUGAAGUGGCCAAAUCCAUAGUUCAUGAGCGUUAUGCAGGUGGUGUUAACCCAUACGAUAUCGCUCUGAUCAAACUUAAGAAACCCUUGACACUGAACGAGAGAGUGAACACUAUCAACCUUCCCAAAGCCAAUGCUGAACACAAUGGCACUGUUAUUUUGUCGGGAUGGGGAUCCACAUCAAAUGUGAAUAACGCAAUCAUGCCUGAUAUUUUGCAAACUGCGGAGUUGCCAGUUGUUGAUUUAAAGACUUGCAGAAAUGCCAUUGAAGAACUUACAGGUCCAUCUCCCUUGGAGGACACAAACAUUUGUACCGGUCCACUAACUGGGGGUCAAUCAGCAUGCAGUGGUGACUCUGGUGGUCCACUAAUUGCUAAGAACGAAGGAGGAGAAUCAGAAGUUGUUGGAGUUGUAUCUUGGGGAAUUGUUCCAUGCGGAAGCAUUGGUGCCCCAUCAGUUUACACAAAAGUUUCGUCUUAUAUUGGAUGGAUACAAUCCGCAAUUGUGCGAAACUCGUGAUUUUAUCACUUUACAAUAAUAAGUUAAUUAUAAUGUGACUGACGAAAAUCUUUUGAUUUGUAUAAAUUAUGUAGUUUGUAAGUUGUGUACAUAAUGAACAAUUGACGAAAAGCUUGCGAUUUGUAUGAGCGGCGAUGGUUAUUCAUCAACAAUUCUUUUAAUUCUAGAUUAAUAAAUACUGUUAUUGAAAUCUGCGUCGUAAUUUUUUUUCUUUCUUCGAACACCUUUAGUUCUCUUUAUUUUUGGUGUUAACUAAGCUAAUUAUU